UCAGCUCUUCUCCCUGAUGAGACCACACCACCCCAAGGUCACUGAGUGUGAAAGAUCUGCUCCCAUUUCCUACUACUGCAAUGACUCAGAUGAGAUUGCUAUAUCACUGUCAAUAGCAGCUCACAGGCUUUGGCGUCUCUGUCAGUCGUGGUUGGACCUUGGGCACCUGCGUCAGUGCUCAAACCGCCGGAGCCUGCUGAAUAAGUGGGCCCACUCACUGCUGCUCCUCGCCUGGGAGGUUGUUGUGCAAUAACGCACAAGGAGAGGAGAGGGGGCGGGGGUGGGGGGAGAGAAAGAGUCCCUUCCAGCUGUCGGGAGCAUCACUGACAAGCUGGUCGGUUAACAGACAGCCCUCCCGCAAAACGUCCACCGCAUGUCCAUGUGGGCAUUGAUUCGCAUGACAGAUCACCGCCUCUAAACCAGCCCUCGGGUUCAGGGUUUGCCCCUCCUGGCCAGCGCCAAUCUGAGAUGGGUAUAAGGAGGGGGCGGGAAGGUUAGUUUGAAGAGGGCAGAGCUUUGCGAGAGGACGCCGAUUUCCCUUAUUAUUUCACCGCUGAGAAAAAAAAGAGAAGAAAAGAAAAAAAAAAAGAUCUAAACCCAGCGGACAAUAAGAGCUGAGGGAGAAAUCAGUCGGACCAAACGUCAGAACCUCAUUAACUCCAAGGAAACCCAGUCGGGAGAGAGAAGAAAAAGCAAGAUCACAACCCUCACAGCUGCUGGGGUCCUCUGUUUAAACUGAUAUGGCUGCUGCACUUUGGAAGCCCAAAUCAUUGGACUUGGGCUUGUGGAUCUUCCUCCUGCUCCUCAACCUCCUUCCUCAAGCCAGGGCAGUAGUUGGACACAGAGAGCCGCUGCCUGAUGACAGUAAAGACAAUAUCACUAUUUUCACCCGAAUCCUAGACAGGCUGUUGGACGGCUAUGACAACAGGCUACGUCCUGGGCUGGGAGAGAGUGUGACAGAAGUGAGGACAAACAUCUACGUGACGAGUUUUGGGCCAGUGUCAGAUACAGACAUGGAAUACACCAUUGAUGUCUUCUUCCGUCAGAGCUGGAGGGACGAGAGGCUGAAGUUCGAUGGGCCCAUGCAAGUUUUACCCCUCAACAACCUCCUGGCCAGUAAGAUCUGGACUCCUGACACCUUUUUUCACAACGGAAAGAAAUCUGUGGCCCACAACAUGACAACUCCCAACAAACUGCUACGACUAGUUGACAAUGGCACGCUUCUUUACACAAUGCGGUUGACUAUUCAUGCUGAGUGCCCCAUGCACCUGGAGGAUUUCCCGAUGGAUGCACACGCCUGUCCUCUGAAGUUUGGAAGUUAUGCUUACACCAAUAAUGAGGUGAUCUACCUGUGGACCCAGGGAGACGAGAGGUCUGUCGCUGUGGCCGAGGACGGCUCCAGGCUGAACCAGUAUGACUUACUGGGACACGUAAUUGGCAAAGAAACCAUCAGUUCCAGCACAGGAGAAUAUGUAGUGAUGACAACAUAUUUCCAUUUGAAAAGGAAAAUUGGCUAUUUUGUGAUUCAGACCUACCUGCCGUGCAUCAUGACUGUCAUACUGUCUCAGGUCUCCUUCUGGCUAAACAGAGAAUCAGUUCCUGCCCGCACUGUGUUUGGGGUCACCACUGUCCUAACCAUGACCACCCUGAGCAUCAGUGCUAGAAACUCCCUUCCUAAGGUGGCCUAUGCCACUGCCAUGGACUGGUUCAUGGCUGUGUGCUAUGCCUUUGUCUUCUCUGCCUUGAUUGAGUUUGCCACAGUCAACUACUUCACCAAGCGCAGCUGGGCAUGGGAUGGGAAAAAAGAGGGCAUGGAAAUAAGGGAACCGUUUCAGGCUAACAUGGCCAGGAUUAAAGAUAUGAGAAGAGAAUCUGCAACUUUGUCCAAAAAGGCAAACAACACCUUCAACAUUGUUGGAACCACCUACGCCAUCAACGUAGCUAAAGACCAAGGUUUGACAACCAUUUCCAAGAGUGCCACAGGAGCAUCGGCCAAACACCACUAUCUGCAUAAAAUGGAUGACCCCUACACGGAGGCCAAGAAGUCCUACAACCGUGUCAGCAAAGUGGACAAGAUAUCACGCAUCAUUUUCCCAGUUCUGUUCUUCAUCUUCAACUUAGGCUACUGGGCUACAUACGUCAACAGAAAGCCCGCUAUCAUGAAGGCAAACAACCUAAACUGAAUUUGACCAAAUGCUAGGCCUGAUCUGGUUUGGUUCAGAGGGUAGACAGGUUUGCAGGAGGCCAAGUCCAUUACAUCUUUUUGUGUGUGUAUGUGUGCGCGCGUGUUUUUCGUGUGUCUGUUUUUUCUUAAGAGUUUGAUAUUUUGCACGUCUGUAUAGAUGGAAGGCAAAUUUGAACAUACAAUAGAUUCACAUGUAGUAAUGGACAUUGGAGGGAGCACAUCCUCACAUCAGACUGUGUUUGUGUAGCUUUUCUUUUCUCCCCUCCACACUUAGCUCUGGCCCUGUUCUGUUUUGUGAGUAACCAAGUGUUCCUUUGCUGUAUCUUGAUUGCUUGCUGUUUUGUAGAGUAGUCAAAUUGUGUUUUCACUAUGUUUUGACAUCUUUGCGCUUUGCUUGUAAUAAGUUAGAGCAAGCAUGCGUUUGAAGUUUUCAUUGUAGGUCAUUACCAAUGAUAAGGUUGUGACACAUCCAUCAACUUAACGACAUGCAUGCACGCACACACACAGACAUACAGUGGUACAUCAGAAAUUGCCAGCAGAGCCAUUCAUCGGUCACUUUACUGUGCUCAGUUAGCCAGAGGCAGCCUGUAUAGUUCCAUAGGAACAUCAUUAAUAAUCGUCCGUGUCUGGCCUUCAGCUCACGCUGAAUUUCAACAGACCCAACGUAGUAUCAUCUGGAAUUGCUUUCGCGUCCCAUGGGGCUGCCUGUACAUUUUCUAGUCCAGUGGCUCUUAUUGUUUUAACUGGCUGACUGUGUUCAAUGACAGAGAAGCUAUGUGCCUUGGUGAAUACACACAUCAUAAAGAGAAAGGCUUUGACACACUCUCACUUGCAUCUACAGCACACAUAUGCACAAAGGUCUGUGUGUAUACUACAUGCUAACAUACACUGGUGUCCACUGGCUCUGUAUACUGUAGUAUGUGGCUGUGCCCCAACCACCCAUGGCCCAUGGGCUUGGGCACCGAGUGUAAAAUUGCCCAUUAGUGUGGAAGGUUAACAGACCUCUGCCUGUGAAAAGAUGAAGCAAGGAGAUUAAAGGAUCCAGCAUAGUCCAGAACAAUUAUCAUGUGCAUUUAUGUUUUGGCUCAUGGUGUGGCGUCUCCAUGGGCCAAGCAGUCAUAACAAACUACCACCAUUACCUCAGACUGAAGUCGAAUUCUCAAUUGCAGUUUAUUAGAUGUUUUCCACGGAAAUGCAAAUAACACUAGGUGUUUUAUACAUUAAAUCCUACCAGACACUCUUUUGUUCUUUAAGUAAUGUGAGCAGGCACCCUGGUGCCUUUAUUUCUUUGUUUUCUCUGCAUCAGUCACUGUUUAGCACCAUUAUUAUUUUUCUGCAUUUCUGCCUUGUCAAAAGUGAGUUUGAUUCAUGUUGUACUUUUGCCCUUUUAUACUUGAUUGUGUAAAAUAUAUUGGUGUUUAUUUGAUUGUCUACAUAUGCUGUACUGUUUUGUGUUUUGUAGUAGACAACAAAGGCCAAUAUGUCACAGUCAUACAGUAUUUCUAAACAAAAUUCGGAGAUACUCUAUCAUCACUGGAGACUAUUAUACUACAAAGUGCUGUGGAAUUGAUUUCUCCAACAUUAAAAUUAUGAACUACUUUUAAUGGUUGUGAUCACACUGAAGAAUUAUUUUUCAAUAAGUCAUUGUUUCAAAGUUGAAAGUCAUAUCUGUCUCCAGCUGUGGCAACUGUCUCCAACUUUUGUUUUCUGUUUGUUAAAUGACAUCUGUAUUUUUGUUAUCUGUUGACUUUGGUACGUGUUUAUACAGAUGUUUUGAUUACAAAGCAAUUUCUGUUGCUUUUUUGUCGGAUGCACUCUGGAUGUAUGGCAUUAUCCUUAAUUAUGGACUCUUUGACGACCGCUGUAGUUUAGACCCCAGCGUACAGUGGAUCUCCUCAAACUGUAUCCUCAAUGGUAAGCUUAGGAGAAUGAGUGAACUGUGUUGUGGCCUCUCUAAAGCCGUGUUAACAACAUGUACAAACCAUGUACAAUGUAUCAGUCAUAGGUUAAUGCAUGACAAUCUGUACACGUGUAUGUCUGCAACCUCCAAUAAUGGUGUUUGUCACACUGAAAUAGGGCUUAGUAUCAGUGUUUCUGUAGUUCAUCCCAGUUACUCAUCAAUUACCUACUCAUAACCUCAGCAGCAUCCGCAUAAACACACUUAAACUCCAAUUAUUUGUGCAUAUUGAUGUGAUGCUAAUAAGUUACAGCUGGUUCUGAAAGUGUUUUUACCCUCAUCUGGUGGUUCGUAGAGUUAGGUUUUAAUUCAGUAGACUAAGAAACACACACACAAACUGAGCUGCUUCUACAUCCAUCUCAGUUACAAAUAUUGAAAUAGAAAAUGAGUAGAGAGAAGUCGGUUUGCAUACAUGUAUAGAGAUGCAUGACUGCACAAACUACAAUUUAGGUCCCUCUGUAGAAAACACACACUUAAUCAAAUAUUCAUGUGGACUAUGGAAAUCUUCAAGGACAUAUUGUUCAUUUCAGCCAUCCAGAGACUUGGAACACAAAUGGAACAGUAUUAAUGUCUCCUGGAAAACCAUUUUCAUAUUAAACAAUACGGAACUCAAACAAUAGACAGGCUGAUAAGAUGAAUCAUGACACUAUAUACUGUUUUCAUGGUAAUGUAAAAUUCAUAAUUAUAAUUCAGGUAAAUGUGUCCCUGUUUAAUAGCAAUGUUUAAUACUUCCUCAUAUUUCUCAACACCAUGGGAAACAGAAACCAGACAUCAUACUGCUGACACAGUAUCACUUUUUGAAUCAAGAAUCCUUCAUGAAUUAUUACACUGUUACUGUGAGGCUUUGUGUCUCGUAUUCAGACUUGAUUUUUAUCAUUUUGUCUCAAAGAAACUGAUUCAUGAUACACAUCUGUUGUGGGUGUUCAAAGCCUGCUGGCUGAUGCUAAUUCAGGAUCUGAUGACACAUAGCGUUAAUGUUUAUGUAGGAUUUCUCUGAGUAAUGUGAUCGAGGUACUUUAGGUAAGUAGUUCUAAACAGCAGCUGCUGAGUAUAUGAACUGGAUUUGUGAAAUAACUUGCCUCAAAGACAGUCAUAAAUAUCACCAAGAUGCCCACUCACCAUUAGCUAGUCAGUAUCUUGUAUAAAUAACAUGGUAACCAAAGAUAUAUUCACAAAGUAAUUUCAUGUGUGUUCCAACUGUUCAAUAGUGGUAGUUGAUGUGAUAAAUAAGAUUUCAUUUAUCCUGUUCACACAGAGAACAGAUUUUGUGAAUAAUUCAUAAAAGCAUCAAUAUUUACACAUAUUUAUAAAAUUAUAGAUCUUAAAAUUUCAAAUUAGCCAUAUUCAAACCGUUUCUGUAUUUUCUUUCAAAGUAAAUUUUUUUAGUAUCUUACUCCUGGUUUCCCAGGAGAUUCAUUUAGAUAUUGGUGUCCACAUAUCUUGUGUUUAUGUGGAUAGUUUAAAAAAAAAAAAAAAAAGGGAUAAAAACACUUCCAGAGCCACACAACCACAACCGCUACUCAACUACAGCAGAAUCUCUGUCAUCCAAACUGCUCAGAUUGAUGACUAAACUGCCAGAGCAAAGAAAACAUGCAAUAGUGCAACUAUAACAGAUCACUGGUAAAACAGUACUUUGAAUUAUAUGCAUAUACAACUGGCAUUUUAGGACAAGAGUUUGUGGUAUUUUUUUUUUACAUCUUCAUUCCUGAGGGGUUUUGAUAAACAGAACUCUACUGUAUUGUUGCCAUUUAGGUUUGGUUGUGAUUGUAUUAUCCAUGUGCUAAAUCUUUUCCCCACAGGGCCAGAGUUAACUUCAGCAGAAACAUGUCAUCCUAUAAGAUACAGUAUAUUAAGAGUAUAUUACUAUAUGAAUAUAUUUAUGCUAUUCAGUACAGCAUUAAAUAUUAUAUGUUUUAUACGACAUAACCUCUACAGCAUUGAUGCAAAUCUAUUGAUGGGUAGAAAGCCGUAGACAAAUAGAUAAACUAAACAAAUUAUUAAACUAAGUGGCAACAAAUCUAAUUGCUCAGAAAAGUGUUACUAAGUUGUGAAUUUGUAGAUAUUGUGAAAUCAAUUCCAAUAGUUUUUGUGAAUAUUGAUAUGUCACGUCAUUUAUUUUUACAUCUGAUAAGUACUGCAGUCUUACAUUGAGCUCUGUAACACUACGUGUUAUGGUAUUUUAAAGACGUACAGUAGAGAUAAUGUUCAUCGAGCUACUUACAAGAUCAGUACCUUGUGUGCACUUUUCAAACCUAACUGUGAAUUAGCAGCUGUCUGCAAACGGAGUUGUACACACUGUGUUCUCUCUACUGCAAUUUCACUGCAUGUCCCUACACAUUGAGAUCUCAAAGACUUCCUACACAAAGACAGCUCCAGGAAAUUAGUGGACGCUGUGUUUUCGUCAGGAGGUUGCUCUCUAUAUGCUCAGUGACUGGACUCUGUAUGUUGCCCUCUCUGGUUUAUGUGCUUACUGUAUGAGAUGUAGCAAAUGGAAAUGGGGAUUAAAAAGGACGUUGCAUUUUA